ACAGGUGAAUGCACGGGGCGGGAUAAGCCAACACAGGGCUUCCAGUUCCUGAGAUAAUUGGCAGUUACGUCACUCCGUUCAGUUGUCCGCUUUUGAAACUGCUGGUUUCCAGCAAACUGGUACGUCAGGUGUAUCCACAUCAAAGCUACAGAGGUAUAAUAUACAUGUACAUAUCACCGAGCCAAUGAACGAGGUAACCACUUGGUUACUUUCAACUGCCGCACGUUGAAGAAUGGACAGAGCAGUAGCUUUGAUUCUGAUGGUUUCAACACUGACAGUGUUGGUCUCAAGCCAUCAAGUCUGCUUCAUCGGCUCCGAGUUCAACCAAGGGUCUGGUCUCCCACCCCGUUGGUUCCUCCCUUACAACGAUCGCUGCAAAUGCGCUGCUGUUCGCUUGGGCGGAGUAGGCAUCCCUUCGUGGUACCGCAUGAGGGAACCUUACAUUUUGAGUGAGAUUUUCCUGAGUGAGGACCCCAACGAGAUCCAGGCUUUGUUCGGAUGUAUUCAUUCAGAUAGCAAUGAAGUCGGCACUACCGUGACGAAAGACGCCUUCGAAGAGACGGCCGGCGGGGGUCCACGACAAGCAGAACCCAAUCUCCCAUUAUAACUGCCCUCUCAAGGACUUUACUUUCUGAGGGCUUUAAUCUUUCAAAACUACACCACUUACCCCUGCAUCCUUGCAGUCGCUGGUAUCGACUCAUUUCUUUUGUCCACAAUCACUCGACGACUGUCUGUCUUAGGAGGGAGAAAAAGGUAGUUUUCUUCCCUAUGAUGGUUUUGAUAAAUUAGGUUUCUAAAAGCAGGGCGCCCUCUCUCCGUCUGACACUGGUUUGGAGCUCCCAACGGAAGGCAUACACUGUUUAUUUCACCGGCUUUGUCUCUGACAUAGCCAAGAAAAACUAAAUUCAAAGAAAGAUCGAGCAAUGUGUUUGUGGACUUCUAUCAAAAUGGUUAAAACCACUUGCCGCCGGGGACUCCGAUUUCGGACAAAAGGAAUUGGGCCUUGCAACAAAAGACCAUACUCAUAACAAAGACCAGGCUUUUCACUCUCAACAGUGGAGAUAAUCCAGCCUUGUUUAGAAACAGUGUAUCACGCUUUGGGGCAUUCAGCGUGAGCAGAUUACCACCGAGGCUAAAAGCGCUCCACCACUGCAGCGAUGAGCCACGCAGUACUGCUGCACGCUAAU